AAAGGCCAGAGCAGAGAGGAGGGGCUAUGGAAAGACUGUGAGCCCUGACAUCUCUCAGAUUAGAGACCCUGGGCUGAAGCUCAUCCUUUGAAAAGGCUUUUAACAUCAAUAUGAAGUUUAUCCUCUUCUGGACUCUCUUGAACCUGAGUGCUUCCCUGGCUCUUGAUCCAGAUUACCUAACUGGUAUCACUCCUCCAUACCUGGUCUACUUGAAAUCUGAUUACUUGCCCUGCGCUGGAGUUCUGGUUCACCCCUUAUGGGUGAUCACAGCUGCACACUGCAACUUACCAAAGCUUCAGGUGAUAUUGGGGGUUACGAAUCCAUCAAACUACGAUGAAAAAGGUAUACAAGUAGUUGGCUAUGAGAAGAUGAUUCAUCAUCCUCACUUCUCAGUCACUUCUAUUGAGUAUGACCUGAUGCUAAUCAAGCUGAGAGAAUAUAUUGAACUCAAUGACUAUGUGAAGCUGGUCAGCCUGCCUGAAGAACCUGCCCCUGAAGAAGCCAUGUGCAUGGUCUCCACGUGGGCCUACAACCUAUGUGAUGUCUCCAAAGAGCCCGACUCGCUGCAGAAUGUGAACAUCUCCAUAAUCUCUAUGAAUGAGUGCCACGAUGCCUAUAAAACCUACAGGAUCCAAGAAGGUAUGCUGUGCUUGGGCAUCGUGCCAGGAAGGAGGCUGCCCUGCAGGGAAGUCACAGCCGCCCCAGCUGUCUGCAAUGGGGUCCUUCAAGGAAUAUUGACUUUUGCAGACGGAUGUGUUUUGAGAGCUGAUGUUGGCAUCUAUACUAAAAUCUUUACCUACAUGUCUUGGAUUAGAAAUACAAUUGAAAACAACUGAGCUCCCAUGGUAGGAAUUCUGGAUCACGUGACAGAGCCUGUCCCUGUGUCCAGUCUCACAAUUAAACCUUGAGAAGAUGCUCUGG